GCCCUUCUUGCCACCCAGCGAAAGGACGGUCGGUCUCCUUUUAGGGUGAUAUCUUUGGAUUUUGGAUCGAGCGACGGCGAGAAAAUAAGAAUGGCUACAAGUGUGGCGUUUACGAAUGACAGCUCCACGUCGGUGUCUUCCCUAGGGCAUGUCGAGUUCGAGAUGAGCUAUGAGGGAGUUCCCUUGGGCCGCAUGCGUUCAGAGGUUCCCCUGCGGAUGGCGCGAGGCAGCAACGUGUACACCUUUCAGGGGGAGUUGCGCCCUCUGCAACUUGCUCUCACGCAGACGGAGAGCACUCAGCAGACGGAGGAGGCGCAGCAGCACACGCAGAUCUUCCUCGACACCUUGGGCUCUAUGAUGGCGAAGUCGCUCUCUGGACUGCCCGUCGUGAUGGAUGCUCGGGGAGUAGACUGCUCUGAACCCGUCUUCCUGCCCGCUGUGCUGGCAUCUGCUUUCAUCACUCCUGUUCAAGGGCUCUCAGUUGCGGCUCGCGACGGUGCAGCGAAAGAGGUCAGCGCUGGAAUUCUCUCCGAGGCUCCCAACGCCGCUGCAAGGCCUAAAAGGGCCCCCCAACCCAGAGGCGACUCCCCUCUGACUGCAAUGGUGGAAGCGCUUCGGCUCUCCGACGUGCGCAUCGAAGAAGAUCCAGAAGCAGAAGACUCCGUCCGCGUCGAGGCACUUCUCAAGGCCAGGAUUGCAAACCCUCUUGGACCGAACUCCCCAGUCAUCGUCGAUCAGCUCACCUUCGAAGCCACAAUGCAUGUGGACUCCCCCGAGGGGCCUCGUAUUGGAGUCAUCACUGCGUCUAUGGUUUCAGUGGCCCCUCCUCAGAGUGUCUCGGCAGAUGCGCCUUGUAUGGAUGCUGACGACGAGGAGCCGCGAGACUCGGCUCUGGGGUUCCCCUUCUCUUCUCCGCAGACUGCAUCCUCCGUCGGGGGCAGUGCUGCUGCUGCGUCUCCUGCUUCUGCUCCUCCCGUCGUUCGCUUGGUGGGAGGCCCCUCGGAUGGAGGAGCUAGUAUGGUGAAGCACUUGGAAGUUUCGGGGGGAUCGCGGAGACGACUCGCCGCAGCGCCAGAAGGCAAGGCACCGGGCCCUUCCUUGCGGACAGAGGCGUGGCUAGACACGUUUUUUGAGCUGCGUGGGUCGUUGCGUCUCGCUGAGGACGGGAAGGCUUUUGUGGAGCUCGUGAGGCGACUUGCGACAGAGGCUGAGGUGCCUCUCGUGUUCACGGAUAGCCAGUUGGAUGUGGAGGCGCAGUUCGCGCUGGGGAGGCUGUUCCUGCCGAAGAUGCAGCUGGAUCACGAGCUUCCCAUGGCAGGCAUGGGAGUCGUGGAGGCUGUCGAGGUCUCUUCCUUCUCGCUGUUGGGGGAGAAGGCUGGCGGCUGGCUGUUUGCGUCUACCGCAGUGCUUCCUGCGCGCGUUCCCGCCACCGUCGCUUUAGGCGCUGUCUCCAUGUACCUCUCCUUCGAGGGUCUGCCUCUCGGCUUCCUAGCCACUCAGAGCCUCGUCGUUCGGGAAGGCCUCAACGAUGUGUUUGUGGUGGGGUUGUUGAGGCCCGAGGGGCUCAGGAGUGAGGUCCUAGAGACACUCUCGAAGUUUUUCUCCGCUGCAGUCGCGUCGCCGUCGCGCGCUUCUUCCGGCAGACCCCACAUGCAGCUCACUCUGUCGACAGAGCAACAAGGCGCAGCCAUGGAGAUGCUGCGAACCUACAUGACGCAGCCCCCUCCCGCUUCCCCUUCCUCCUUCUCCUCCUCCGCUGCGUCUCCCGAGGCUCGCGGCGCCUCGACGGGAGCGCCCGCCAAGUGGCUGAGGGCAGCCAUGGAGGGCCUGACGCUGCAGCUGCCCGUCCCUUCGCUGGGGGAUGUCUCUUCCCGCGUGCAAGGCGUCGAUAUGGAGGCUUUGCAUAUCAACUGGCCCCUCGUCUCAGACUAUACAGUCCCCCUGAUGGGUUUGUCGCUCUUGAGACUCUCGAACCCCCUAGGACCGCGCGUGCCGAUGCACCUGCGACACCUCUCUCUGGAAGCGAAGGUGGCAGCUCUGGUCGAAGCAGAGGCCCCCUUGGUGCCCACCCCGGGGGGGCCCCUCGUGCCGCUGACGGGGGCGCCAUCUGCGGCUCCCAAGAUCCUCGUGCCGCUGGGAGCGAUGCGCGCCGAAUUGACGGACCUGACGUGCAAAGCCGUCGGCAGCGGCGCGUCGAACGCGCUUCAGGAGGGGCACCCCCUCCUGGGACCCAUAGGCGAUCUUCCAGCCGUCACUGAAGACGCAGGAAUGAUCGAGAUCAGAGCUCCGCUGCAGACUGCCAUCGAGAUCACGGAAGGCUCCCUUGGCCCACACAACUUUGGCAUGUUUGCUGCUGCAUUUGUGGAGCAACAAACAGUGCGCCUCGAGUUCAUGGGCACGGCUGACUGCCUCGUCGAGACUCCUUUCGGAGUUGUCAAAGUCUCGCAAGUGGAGCUCCACAAUGCUAUGGACAUCCCUGGCUUAGGCGGUCUUCACAAUAUCACCUACGCGGAUUUCAAAGUCUUGGGGAUUGGAGAUGUUGAGGCGCACCUCUCCAGAGCCACGGCAUCCGAAGAGGAAGAAGAAGAGGCUCCAGAAGAGCCACAGCAAAACGCUGCCUCAGACGCGACAGCCUCAACAGUACAGGGUAUCCUCAUGGACCUUACAGUGCUCGUUCAGAGCUCAGCAGACACCUCCGCGCAACUCGGGGAAACAGAGCUGCUCCUCUCCUUCAUGGGUUCCCCUAUAGGCCGCAUGCGGACAGCCAAGGCUGCCUUCGAAAAAGGCGCAAAUCGCUUGAGACUUCAAGGCGCGCUGCUGCUGACCAAGGGAAGUGAGGCGAGUCUGUCGCAGAUGUUUUCAGCUGUGGUAGCUGAGAUGCCUGUGGCUCUUGAAGUAUCCAUCGUGAAGGUGUUCUUGCCGUCGGGGGAUGAAGCGCCUCUGUGGCUAUCGGAGGGUUUGAGCCUUGUGCGUUUGAGGCCCUUAGUGCCUCCUCUGUCGGCGUUGUUCCCAGGACUGGAUCCGCGGCAUUUGCUGCGGGAGUUGCAGGUUGGCACGGUGUCUGUACACCUCGAUGCAGCGCAGGCGGAUCGCUUCACAAUUACGGCGAACGUGCAGGCUACGGCGAUAUGCCCCUUCGGCGCUGUGGUUCCUCUUGCAGUUCGGGGAGCAGCUUUCGAGUUGCAGCUGCUGGGGGGAGAUGGGCUGGAGAUCGGAUCAGUCACAUCGACAACGCCUGCUGCGGCGGAAGCAGCGGAGGCACCCGAGAUCACAACGCAGCUGGAGGUGCAGCCGGGAGGGGAGGAGACGCUCUUGGUGAUUAGCAUGAGGACGGAGGCAGUCAUCGAGCUCGCAGGGGGGGGUGCUCCUCUUGGACGGUGGAUUCGAGAGGCUCUGCAUGGAUCAGGCAGUCUUGAGCCAUUUUUGGCACGAGGCUCUGCAGCAGUGGUGUUGGACGUUGGAGGCUUCUCGCAGCUCCUUGUUCGAGGACUGCAAAUCGACAGUUCCUUCUCCUUCGGAUCCGAGGCUUCCGCCGAUGCGUCCUCUGUUAUGGUGGCUGCCGAUACACCCGAUGCGGCCGUGGGUGUAUCGACAGCCGGGGGGAAGAAAGGAGGCCUUGCAUUUGAAGGGGAGGCGUCGUUCUCGAUGCCCGUUCCUGUGCGCAUGCUUUUGCCCCCCCUGCACCUGAAGGCGAGGUACGGAAGCACACUCAUUGCGGAGCUAGAAACGGAGUCGAUAAGCCUCCAGCCCAGGCCCAGUAGAACCGCUGCGCGCUUUUCGGGAACGCUGCUCCAACAGACUACCUCCGAAGGUCUUCAAGAUCUCAAUGCCUUAGCUGCGGAGACUGUGAAGGGCCUUAUCCUCGGCGAAGCUGCCAGCGAAAUUGCAGGCGGGGGAGCCGCUUCUCCCCAGCAAAAGCAGCUAGGCCCCGUGCUGCAGAUAGAGGCAACGGUGCAGUCUUCGCAGUCUUCAGCUUCUGCGCCACGGUGGUUGCUGGACGCCAUUCAAGGAACCAUUCUGGAAGCUCCUGUCAUGGGUUCGCAGCUGCUGUCUCCGACGACAGUCCGAGAAGUGCAGCUGCGAGACACGGAGAUCGACGCAACAGGAUCUGGCGUCUCGGGGUCUCUCUCGGUGACUUCUAGAGUCUCUCUCGUCUUGGAGGCUUUCUUUGGGGAGGGAGCUCCUCUCGUGGUCGAGGGGCUGAGAGUGGAAGCUGCAAUUUUGGAUCCGAAGAGUGGUGUGGCAUUAGCAGUCGUGAAGAGCGUGCACUCUAUGGCGGGAGCAGCGCGUGUGAAGGACGGCGAUGUGGCUCUGGAUCCCCCGGCGACGAUAAGGGCUUUGCCGAACGGGCUGCUUUCUGCAGAUCUCUCCAUGAAGCUGCUGAUGGACGUUUUAGACGAGGAAGCCUUUGCAGACUUUGCCGUGACUGCCAUCCAGGGAACGGCGGCGACACAGAUCCUGCUGGAGGGCACGGUGUCGAUAAAUUUGCAAACUCCUCUGGGCUUGCUUUCCUUGGAGGGGCUGCAUGUGCGGCAGAGUGUGCCUAUAGACGGCCUCAGUGCAACUGUGGGAGCCUUGACUGACGACAGCCUGCGGGUGCUCUCCUUCUCCGUAGAAGACGUGACGCUAGAUGGCAGUGGGGGGCGAGACAGCUUGUCUUUUGUUGUGGAUGUCAUUGUGGGAAAAAAUGCAUCGCCAGGAGGAUCUGACGACAUGCAGAUACGCACUGGGGCGCUCAGCUUCUCCCUCGUGGAUGCCACUGACGGCCGCAUUGUUGGGGAGGGGUCUGUGCCUGCGGCAGUUCUCGGAGGGGGUGACAGUCAUCCUAUGCGCAUCUCUGGCAUGCUUUAUGCUCCGAGCGAGGAUCGGCGGCGUGGAAAAUCUCGCCUGGCGACGUUCAUGAGCAAGGCCAUCAACGGGGAGCCUCUUGGGGUGUACGUACACUGGAGAGACGACCCUUCAAAUCCGAGACCCUCUUGGAUGGGCCGAGUCGUGGAUAGCCUGCACCUCAAUCCAAGUAUUGCAGGGCUUGAAACGUCUUUGAGUUUGUUGGAGAGUUUAGGAUUUAGGGGGCUGAGGAUAAACACGGAGACACCUGAUGCGGUUGGGGUGUCUGCGCUCGUGGACGUGACGUUGAGGAGUCCAUUGGGUUCUCAAGUGCCUUUGCAUUUGGAUAAGGUGUCGGGGAUUGUCGAGCUUUUUGGUUUGGAAGGAGAGGGUUCCCCGAUGGCGGCUUUGGCGAUGGAAUCGCGCAGCCCUUUGGCACAGGUUCAGGAAGGGGAUGUGUUGCAUGUGACGCUACAGCUGGAUCAGACUCGAGAUUCUCUGCGGUUAUCGGACGAGGGUCGUGCCUUUGCAGACUUUGUGUCGCAUCAAAUAAACGUUGGACCCUCGCUGCUCAUGUAUAAGGCUCGCGUUUCGGCUGUUGUGCAGUCUCCCUUUGGCAUCCUUGCAGUCUCCGAUUUCGAGGUGAAGGGUCACAGCAGUUUGCUGGAGGGAGGUUCUGUGGAUGCGAAUGGCAGUGCUCUGUCUGAUAUCGAGUUUACCGUCGACGGGAUUGAGUUCGAGCCUCCUCCGGAUGGCAGGAAAGCCUUGGGUUUUUCUGUCAGCGUGGAGCUCCGCAUUCCAUUGGAUUUGAGCAUGCAUCUUGGUCCAGUCGCCUUCCAGCUGCUCUUUGAUGCGACUGCUGCUGACCUUGUUGGAGACGCGACGCAGGAAGGAGAAGAUCCUGCGACGUCGCAGUCUCUUCGAGAGGAGUUGUUGUUGUCGCCAGGCGUGGUCUCCUUGGGAGUCUUAGAGGUUCCUGAGUUGAAGCUGCAGGGCGGGGAAGCGCGUCUGACGGCUCGUGGGUAUAUACAGCCUGCGCAGGAGGAUCUUCCCUACGUCUCGGCGUUUAUUUCUCGCUUGCUGAGCAGCGCAUCUCCGGACGUGGUGCUGAAGGGGCUGAGUGCUUCUCUUCCUGGGGGGCAGCCCGCUCCUGAAUGGCUGCAGUCUGCCGUGCGAGGGAUCAUUGUGUCUGCGCCUUUGCCUCCCGUGAGCUCCUUGGUAGCUUCGACUUUCUCCGACUUGCGGCUUGAAAACAUGAGGCUCAAGGCGCUUCCUGCAGGAGAAGGCGAAAGCGGGGUUCAGCUGGGAGCCACCAUCGAGACUACCGUCAAGAAUCCGCUGGGGGAAGGUUCUCCGAUCAAUAUCAAGCGCAUCGGUGUGGACAUACAGCUGUUCGAAACGGAGCAGUCGUCUGGAGAGGCAGAGGAGGAGGGGGAGCAACAGCAGCAGGAGCAACCGCAGCAGGAGCAGCAGCAGCAGCAAGAGAUGCUUGGAGAGGAAAACGGGGGGGGUUCUCCAGCGCGGCGUCUGCAGGAGAGGCCUUUGACAACAAGUUCUUCUGGGGAAGCCUUCGCUCUCGCCUCGAGACGUCUGAUUGGACGCUUGGUGGUGCAAGAGAAGGCUGUGCAGCAGCGGGGGUCUGUAGUCGCCAUUGAAGUGUCUGAGACGCUUGCGUUCACGGAUAGCGGAGAGGCCUUCUCCUCACUAGCCCUUGAAAUGAUGCAGCACACAACUGCGAUUCGUGUGGGGGUUCUAGGCACUGCGUCGGUGCAGCUGGAGUCGAUCAUUGGCGAGCUGCACCUUCACGGAGUGCCGCUGCACUCCGUGGUGUCUAUACAGGGCCUAGGCCUCUUCCAGGCUGACACUCUCAGAGCGCUUGCGAAGUCAGCGCUCGAGAACCUCCGCAUCUUCGAUCUGCCGCCCAGCACUGCGCGAGCGGGUGGAACGGAGGACGUGCUUGUGGCUAGCAGCAGCAGUUGGAGCAGGAGCAGCAGUGACAUUCCUUUCGGCAGUAGCGUGGGCGCAGGAGCACUGACUUCCCCGCGGCUCCCCAGAGCGUUAGCCUUGGAAACAGUGGUGCAAAUGCCAGCCUCGAAGGUGGCAGUAGAUCUGAGCAGCCUGGUGUUCACAGUUGGAUUUGAAGGCGAGGCGCUAGCUGCAGUCGUGGUGCCUUCCAUGCAGCUGAAGGGGGGCGGGGGGGACGGCGAGUUGGUUGGGCUCACGGGGGUUGUUAAACCGACGAGCAACGCCUCUUUUUCGCGCCUGGCUUCGAGCUUUUUCAAGGGGAGCAGCUACGCAGUGCAGAUCGUGGGAGCUCCAGAGGCGUUUGAAGCCUCCGCGAGCUCAACGCACGGACUGGCACUGACGUUCUCAGGCAUGAGGAGCACUGCCAUGCCUCCGCUGUGGGUUCGAAGGGUUCUCGCGGGAGUCUCCUUCGAGGUUCCCGUGGCGCGUGCUGUGGAGGGGGGCCCCUCUCAGGCGCAGAACCUCAUGAGAGAAGUUCAGGUGCUAGGCGUGGAUGUCGAUAUGUCUGGCUCAAGGAAUCCGUUCGUGGAAGUCGACUUCGUGGCGUCAUACACGUUCCCUCCUCAGUUCAACGUCAGACACAAGUCCAUGGAGGGAGAGCUGCUGCUGCAUACCCCUGGAUCGACAGAACCUGUCGCUCAGUUGGUGGUAAAAGACUUGGUAGUGCUUGGGCAGGAGCCCUCUGCGGCAGACUCGCGUCUUCACGUGGAGUUGAGACCUACGGAGCUUGUGGUGUUUUCUGGUAGAGAGAAGACUUUCUCGCAGCUCGUGCAGGAUACAGUCAACUCUUCAGAUAGCCUCUCUGUUGAUGUAAUGGGAGACAUACGUGUCAGUGUCGAGACUGCUGUCGGCUUGCUCACCGUUGCCAUGCCAGUGCAAGUCACGCAGACGAUUCAAGGUCUAGGGGGCCUUUCGGGGUCAAGCGUGUCUUCCUUCUUCGAGCUGUCGGAAAUGACGGUUGUUGGAGCAGACACUGAAUUUCUGGAUGCCAUGGCGAAGCUGCGGCUGCAGAUGCCGGGGGACGAUUGCAUCUUGGGAGUCAACUUGGGCCCUAUCAUCCUCGACGUUGAUCUGCCCAUUCCUGCAGACGAGGUGUCUCUCCUGGAGGAUCUGGAUGAGGAGUUCAGGAAGCACAACGUAGUCAAGUCAGACAGUCUCGGGCCGCUUGUUACCACUGGCCUUGUGAAGCUGCCUCGACUGAUGAUCCCCUCCCCUGCCAAACGGCGCAAACAGCUGCAGCAGAUGAAGGAACAGGGUCUAACAGGCGAACUCCCCGCAGACACAGUUGCAGCUUUCCUCUUUCCCCCCGUCAAAAUUGAGGGUCUUGAACUGAGAAUGGGCACUCCGCAGCUCAUGUCCAACUAUCUCAAUGGUGUUCCUACUACGCUGGUUGUGAAGAGCAACGCCAGCACCACAAAAAACGAGCUCCUUAUUCCUUUUUUCGACACUUUUCGAGUAGAAACUGUUAUUCAAGGCACUGAUAGGGCCUUCAUCAAAGAGGUCCUGAUAAGCGUCAAGCUCCGCAAUUUCCAGCCUGCCUUUGAGGCCAUAGCGGUCUUUGAGAAUCCCACGGGCGCGACGGUGAAAUUCAAGUUUGCUAAACUGGAGACGUUCUAUAAUGGGAGCUCGUUGGGUCCUAUGGUGAUCGACAAGCGCGCGCAUCCAGACAUCAUUGAACCUAACAAGAUCAGCAAAUCUUCCCCAGUCCCAGUCCAGCCGCAGCUUAAGGGUGGCACCUUCGCUCUUGUCCACAAUAUUCUCAAGAGGUUGGCAACUAACAGCACAGAGAAGCCGACUGUUCAGGUGAGAAGGCGCUCCUGA